AUGGCAAGAAGAAGUCGUGACAGCAGGGAAGAACGUGUAGCAGUAGCUAUUGACAAGGAUAAAGGAAGUCAAUAUGCACUCAAAUGGGCUGUUGAUCGUCUUCUUUCCAGAGGCCAAUCUCUUACACUUCUUCAUGUUAAACAAAAAGGCAAGACAGAAUUGUCCGGGGCUGUUUCUAUCUCUAAUGCUAAGGAUGAGGCCGGGAAACCACAAAUAAAAUCAGUAGAUAAUUAUACCAAAGAAAUGUUUCUACCAUUUCGUUGUUUUUGCUCGAGAAAAGAUAUAAAAUGCAAUGAAGUGGUAUUGGAGGAUAUAGAUGUAUCCAAAGCUUUAAUCGACUAUGUUUCAUACUAUUCAAUCGAAACUUUAGUAGUGGGAGCAUCAUCCAGGAGCAGUCUGGUCAAAAGAUUCAAAAGCCCAGAUGUUCCGAGUAGCGUUACCAAAGGGGCACCGGCGUUUUGCAAUGUGUAUGUAAUUGCAAAAGGACAGGUUUCAUCAAUACGAUCAGCUACCAUGCCGCCGCCACCGCCAGUUAAAGAGCCUGGGGAUGAUCCAGUUGAAACACCUUUUAUACAUCACCAAAGAUAUGCAGGACCUAACAUUGCACAACUUCAGUCGCAUAGCAUUCGAGAAGAGAUGGAAAUCAGGUCACCUUUUAGAAGAGCUUCAGCCCCUAAGUAUGAGGCUUCAGUAACAGAUUCAGAUAUAUCAUUUGUGAGCAGUGGAAGGCCAGUUAUUGAUCGGAUGUUUCGGUCUUUCCACGACCCUGUGGAUGAUGGCAUGGAUUCUGGUUUUUCGAAUUCGAACUACUCAGAACAUGACAACAUGAGCCCCAGAGGAUUGCUCUCGAUAAACAAGGCAGAUAUGAAUUCUUCUUUGUAUGAUGUUUCAUUCAGCCACCAGGGAAGUGUUAAUAGUCUGUCAUGGUCAUCACAGUCUUCAUCCGAAGAUGUAGAAGCAGAGAUGAGAAGGCUAAGGCUAGAGCUCAAGCAAACAAUGGAUAUGUAUAGUGCAGCUUGCAAGGAAGCACUCACUGCAAGACACACUGUUAGGGAAUAUCAACGCGUGAAAUUAGAAGAAAACCAGAGAUUUGAAGUGGUGCGACAAGGCGAGGAAGCUGCAUUAGCAGUUGCAUGGAAGGAGCGAGCAAAGUGCAUAGCAGCUCUUGAGACAGCUGAAGCUGCUAAGAAACUGGCUCAACUCGAAGCAGAAAAGAGGAAGAAUUCCGAGAUGAAUGUAGAAAAAGAAGCUGAAACUGGUUUGAGGUAUGCUGACCUCAGGUACCGGAAGUACACAAUCGAGGAGAUAGAACAAGCAACAGAUAACUUUGCUAGUUCUCGCAAGAUUGGAGAAGGAGGUUAUGGUCCAGUAUACAAAUGUAAUCUUGAUCACACACCUGUGGCAAUAAAAGUCCUUCGCCCAGAUGCUGCACAAGGACGAGCACAAUUUCAGCAAGAAGUUGAAGUAUUAUGCAACAUAAGACAUCCAAACAUGGUUCUUCUUUUAGGAGCUUGCUCGGAAUAUGGUUGCCUAGUGUAUGAAUACAUGGCUAAUGGGAGCUUAGAAGACAGACUAUUCUGCAGAGGGGGAACUCCUGUACUUCCAUGGCAAGUAAGAUUCCGAAUAGCUGCAGAAAUCGGGACUGCGUUGCUAUUUCUGCACCAAAGCAAGCCGGAACCCCUUGUGCACCGUGACUUAAAGCCUGGAAACAUUCUAGUUGAUCGUAAUUACGUUAGCAAGAUCAGUGAUGUUGGUUUGGCAAGGCUGAUUCCUCCAUCAGUAACCGACUCUGUAACUCAAUACCGAAUGACUGCAACCGCUGGAACUUUCUGUUACAUUGACCCCGAAUAUCAGCAGACAGGAUUGCUGGGAGUGAAGUCUGAUGUUUACUCAUUCGGCGUUAUGCUUCUGCAGAUUAUAACCGCGAAGCCACCGAUGGGAUUGGCACAUCAGGUUGAAAGCGCAAUUGCAAUGGGGAAUUUGCGCAAAGUUUUAGACCCUGCAGUUCAAGACUGGCCAAUGGAAGACACAUUAUCAUACGCCAAGAUGGCGCUUCAAUGUGUCGAGCUUAGAAGAAAAGACAGGCCGGAUCUCGGCAAAGUGGUGGUGCCUGAGCUUAACAGGCUGAGAGCCCUUGCUGAAGAAACAAUGCCAGUCAUUAGUCCUAUGAGGACACCAGAUACUACACCAAAUCACAGUCAAGUUUCCACGGAUCGUUUAAGUUACCCUCCAUCACUGCAAUAUGGAUAUGAAAGCUCGAGGAACACUUCCAAAGCAUGAUUUCUUGCAGGAAGAAGAUGGGGCAUGGAAGGCUAAACGGGGCUGAAAUUUGGUUGGUUAACAUGCAAGUAAAAUCUGCAUAGCCACCAUUUUGGUGCAGAUUUUAAUAUACUCUGUACUGUUGAGAAU